CUAUAUUGAUGAUGAUGAAAAAGCAGACGAAAGUAUUAAUUUGUUUGAUAACAAUCAAAAUUUUUCAACUGGUACUAACUUAAUUUUGGAAGAUAUCAUAAAUUUAAGAGACCCGAUCUUUCAAGAUGAUAAUAUCAUACCAAACGAAAUUUCUAAUAAUAAUCUAAGCAAUAAUGUUGAAGACAGUAUUAAUAUAGAUUUUAAUCCCGAAAACCUUGUCAACACCGUUUUAAAUAAUGAAUUAGACUAG